CUCUGAGGGGAAGGAAUGGCGUUCUUGAUUGUGUAUCUCUAAAAAUUAUAAAAAUAUAGUUAUAUUUAAAACAUAAAAGUCAAUUAGGUCAUUUUGUUUCACAUUAUAGAAAACGUAUUGGUAAAUCUUGGAAAUUGGGUCUGCGUGUAUUUUUGUUCCUGUACGCUGAAGGGGUGGGUUAACAUUAAUACCAGCGCGGGUAUUUUGUAGUUAUUUUAUGUCUGACCUGGGAGAAGGAGCAAGAUGCCGCAAGUGCCACCGGACAAGUUGUCUCAAGCGGACUGCAUUUGUCCGGUGUGCCUGGAGAUUUUCCUGGAGCCGGUUACACUGCCCUGCGAUCACACCUUCUGUAAGCCCUGCUUCCAGCAGACUGUGGACAAGUCCAGCCUGUGCUGCCCAAUCUGCCGGAAGAGGGUCUCCACCUGGGCUCGGCUGCAUGGCCGCAACAAGACCCUGGUGAACAAGGAGCUGUGGGAGAGAGUGCAGGAAGCCUUCCCUGUUCACUGCCAGCAUCGGCUCAGCGGAAGGGACCUGGAUGAUGCCACCUUGAAUGCACUGAUUCCUCUGCCUCAACUGUGUAAACCAGGAGAGCUACGACAGGAAUAUGAGGACCAGAAAAGCAAGCUGGAAGCAGAAAAACGUGUGUUGGAAGAAGAGGAGAGGCGAGCGAGUGAAGAGUUUAUUCAACAGCUCCUAGUUGAGGAAGAUGGGAGAAGAGCUGAGGAGUGGAAGAGGGCAGUAGAGGUGCAGCUGGAAAAUGAUGAAAGAUUGGCCCAGGUGCUCAGUAAAGAAAUUGAUGCAAACCAAGUUUCAGAAACCCAGGGGCCCUCUAGAGAAAUAUCAAGACAGAUCUCUUCAGGAAAGAACACAAGUGUAGGGAACACUGAGAAAUACUUAUCUCUUGACUCAAACCGAACGCCAAGAUCUUUCGUACAUCCUGAAACUAGCAGAAGUACAAGCCUUUCUGCUAACAAGGAAAAUAUCUCGGCUGCUCUCGGUCGGUCUGUUGUAAUAGAAGAUGGCAUACUAACUUUAAGUCCCCAAGAAGCUGGAGAUUUCUCUGAAAUACCUCCAGAGGCUGCAAAAAAAAUAAAUGCAAGUACCAGUGACAAAGACAGGUGUGUCCUUGUGCCUACAAGCACAGAAGAAAGUGAAAACUCUGGUCUGCAUCCAAGACACAGAAGCAGCCAACCAGACUUCAGAGCAGGCAAAACAGGUGAUGAAGAUACCUGCAAGAGGAAGAAUCAGCGUGAGCCUGACACGCAAAGCAAAUUCAAAAGCAAGAGACUGAAAGUGUUACCAGCAGAGGGCGAUCCUCACGAAGGGGCAGAGCUCUCUGUGGAUGGGUCACACAUGCAGCAGCUCAUAGAGCUGGAGAAUGAGUUUUUCAUGAAACUGCAGCAAGAGAAAAAAGACAGACUUUUGGCAUUACAGUUGCAGAGGCAGCUGAACAAAGAGAUGAAAGAAGUGAACAGAAAAAAAAACUCCCCAGAUGGGUACCAGCUCCGCACUAAGCUGCCUGAAGAGAGAGCGUCGUGCAGAGGACAGAGGAAUUGGUCACAGUCCUCUGCACGGUCCUCUACUGUGAGAGGCGGGGUGGAGACAACAUUGCCUGCAAAUAGACCCAGUGGGAGCAUGCUGACUGCUGCUCCGACCCCAAAAGAAGAAGCUGGCAGUCAGAAGGGUGUGAGCAACAGUUCUGGGUCACCCACAGGACUGCAGAUAUAUGGCAAACAGAUGACCAUUACCACGAUGCUCCAAAACCAUGUAAAUUAAAGGUUUCCAAGGGAAAACAGUACAUUAGUGUUAUUACAGUGUUACAACUUAUUACAGAGAGAUAUUACUUAUUUGAUCCAAAAGCUGGACUACUGUUUUUUUGUCUGACACUUAGUUGUUUUUUUUCCCUAGCAUUUUUUUUUUUUUUUUGCUAAAUUUAUGUCCAUAUGAUAUUCAUGCUUAACAUUUGGCAGCUGCAAUGUUAACAUCAGGGUGAAAUGAUGAGCUACAAAUGUUUAACAGCAGAUUAUAAACCUGGUCAAUUAAACCAGAAAUAACAAUUUAUAUAAUGCUUUUAUUAAAUGUGGAGGAAAUAUGCACAAAAGAUGUGUACAGCUAUGACCAAAUGUUUUGCAUGAAGCAAAAUGUGUUAAUUGUGUAGAAUGAUGCAAAACCUUUGGCCAAAACUAUAUUUAACUGUUAUGUGCUUCAAGUCUUCGGAAGCUUAUUUAAGCUAAACAUUUAGGAAAGAUACACACAUGCUCUUCAGCAUUCUCUCGACAUGCUUAACAAUUAGAUAACUAAAGGCACAGCAUUUCAAUUAUAACAUGAUCCAUGCAUAAUGAUUUUACUGUUAGAAAUCUGUAUGACCAAUACCAUAAAACAGGACAUCAAAGGAGGGGCUCCACAAUCAAAUCCUGUAAUUUGUAGUAAUAAUAAUAUUACAUUACUGUGGCAGGUACAAGAUCUUCAGAACUGUAAAUGCUUCUAUAACACUGACAGGACAUUUGAAGGAAAGUUACAUGGGUUCCAUAGAGUUGUACACAUACAUACACUGAUUAAACUGCCUUACUAAAUGUGUUUUAAUCUAUGGAACAGGCCCUGUCCAUCUAUAACUUUUAAACAUGAGUUUACUCUUGAACAACUGCCCUUUUUAUGUACAGUAAGUUUAGUAUUGAACAUCUUAAUCCAUAAUUCUUAAACAUUCAAUGGUGGUAUAUUGAGUAAUACUAAAUGAGGUGUUUGUCAUUUUGUCAGUUUACAGGUUUCUUUCAGCAUUAAUAAACAUUUAAAAUCGGCAGAAACAUGUUGGUAAUAAAGUACACUGUUGUUACUUUUGUAAAGGUUCUCAAUACAUUGUUUUGUGCUGGUCUGAAAACAAAAAAACAUUUGCUUCUAAGCAAAGUUUGCACCACUUUUCAUCUAUAUUCACACUUCAAUCUCUUGCUAGUUCAGUUAUGUUACCUGUUUGUUUUUUCAAUUGCAAAAAAAAUAACUUGAAUCUUGUACUGGGACACAUGCAAUAAAUAUUAA